AGAAGUCUCUUGAGUCCCCUCCCUUUCUCUUCUACAGUACAGAUGCGGUGAAAAGGUGUUUCUCUUUGGAUCACAGUCUCGGGGUGGCCUCUCGCCGUCGACGGCCUCUUGGCUAUCGGAGACGGAGGGUGGUCGACCGGGGAUGUUGAUGUAGAUAUUACUAGGUCCUUUAGCUAGCUAGUUUGGUUAGAUUUGCUUUGGUGUUCUUGCUCCGGUCCGGUAUGGCCUUGCUAUUCCGGCGUCCGGUGAAGUUUUUAUCCUCCGUUGCAUCUCCCGUGCUGAUGUAAAUAUCGUCGGGGUCACCAGCGAUGCAAUCGGGAGGUUAGUUUCAUCUCCUCCUUGAGGAAGGGAAGGAGAUUUUGAUUCCCCUUUGGUGGAUGCGGUUUUCGUGUCGGUAUCCUUCGUGUUACCGAUGGCAGACCUGCUCUCUAGACCACCAUCCACGCCGGUCGUGGCUGUUGGCACCAGCUAUUGCGUGUUUCCCUCAUCUUCGUCGACGAGAAAACGCCGAUGUGCUUUCAGUGGGUGCAGAUUCGUCACGGGGGUGUCCAGAGGCGAUGGUUGAUGCAGUAUGUCCAAUGUUUGGAGCUUCUCGUCGAUGGGAUGGUGGGACUUGGUUCCGAUUGGCUCCGGAUUUGUCGCUGUUCCGUCGGCGCGGGUCAUCGGAGAGGGAGAAGAAGGUUACAAGGACUUGGUUGUAAUCUCCAGUUUCUUCAGGGUCCUGUUCGCAAAAAGGGAUGUACUGUACUCUCACUUUUAUAUAAAGUCCUUCCCUUUCGCCAAAAAAAAAGGAAAAAAAAAGAAAUGAGAGACCAACAACCGUACCCAAGAAUCCCCUUGAUCUUGCAGGUAAGGUAGAAAAUGACGAAAGACCAAAGCUUUUCAGGUCGGUGAGUCAGUUUGCAGCAGCCCAUGUUGCAGCGUCCGAGUGUGUAUCAGGUUGAUCAGUUUCAGGCGAGGGGACGCUUGGUUCCUUGUCUGCAUCGCCGUGGCCGUGGGCAUCGACCAACCGCUACGCAACAGCGGAGGGGGACGCCCACGCCGGAAACAAGCCUGCAGGACGCAGUCAGAGCCGAGGCGAAGGGCGGCGGGUCCCACAUGGCAGCGGCGGCACCAGGAUUUCGUUGGCUGCACCUCGGCUCCGCCACCGCAGUUUGUUUCUUGGCUGUCCUCUCCCGCCGCCCGCGUGGGUUGCUGCUCCCUCGCCCGUGUCGCCACUCCCCCGCAUGCCGCCGCCCUGCCUCGGGCAGCCACGCCACGCGACACGCGCGUACGUACGCACAGUAGUGCAUACUUAGCCGCGGCCGCCCCGCCCGGUUGCCAACCGCGCCAGGACGAGACGCCCUCCUCCCCGCUCCCAGCUGACCAUGUCGUCGUCCGCGACCACGGCCACGGCGUUACGACGGAGGCACGCGGCGGCGGGGGCCACGGCGGAGGAGUGGGUGGCGGUGACCGGCGCGGGUGCGUGGCGGGUGGAGGAGGUCGGCAAGCACCAGCUGAUGCGGCGGACGGGGCUGCCGGCGCGCGACCUCCGCGCCCUGGACCCGGCGCUGUCGUACCCGUCCAGCAUCAUGGGCCGGGACCGCGCCGUCGUCGUCAACCUGGAGCGCGUCCGCGCCGUCAUCACCGCCACCGAGGUGCUCGUCCCGGGCCCGCGGGACCCCGCCGUCGCGCCGCUCGUCCGCGAGCUCCGCGCGCGCCUGAUCGCCUCCGCCCCCGCCCCCGCCCCAGAGGACGAGGCGGGAAACAACAGGGGUGUCUCGCCGGCGAGCCCCGGUGGUGGAGCCGUCGACAAGGAUGGGCAAGCGUGGAGAAGCGACAAGGUCCUGCCGUUUGAGUUCAGGGCGCUCGAGGUGUGCCUCGAGUUCGCCUGCAAGUCCCUUGAGCACGAGACAUCCACAUUGGAGAAAGAGGCAUACCCAGCUUUAGAUGAACUCACCUCCAAAGUCAGCACUCUCAAUCUCGAGCGUGUAAGGCAAAUAAAGAGUCGAUUGGUUGCCAUUUCCGGGAGAGUUCAUAAGGUUAGGGAUGAAUUAGAACACUUGCUCGACGACGACAUGGACAUGGUCGCCAUGCACCUGUCGGAGAAGCUCGCGUACCAAGCAGCUGGCCACUCAUCGAGAUUUGAUAUCGAGAAAGAACCGAGCGAUUUCGACGAAGAGAGGGAUGGAGUGGAGGAAGGCGGCGGAUCAUCCGACGGCGGCAGCGGCAACGAGACCUCUUUGGGGUUCACUCCCAAAAUCGACGAGCUGGAGAUCCUGCUGGAGGCGUACUUCGUGCAGAUCGAAGGCACCCUGAACAAGCUCUCCACUCUGCGCGAGUACGUGGACGACACGGAGGACUACAUCAACAUCAUGCUGGACGACAAGCAGAACCAGCUGCUGCAGAUCGGGAUCAUGCUUUCCACGGGCACGCUGGUGCUCAGCUGCGCCAUCGCGGCCACGGGCGUGUUCGGCAUGAACAUCGGCAUCCCGCUCUACCACGCCGCCACCACCGGCGUCUUCUGGCAGGUCACCGGCGGCAUCGUCGGCGCCAGCGCCGCCAUCUACCUCGUCACGCUGCUCUGCUACCGGAGGAGCGGCAUACUGCAGUGACCGUGUUGCUCGUGCUGGCGGUCGUGGGACACGGGGGGUGGAUAUCCUGUGCAGCUUGAUGUAUGACACUCUUUAGUUGGGACGCGGGAUGCAAAUGGUGAGAGGAAGAGGCGCUGCGGUGGGCAUGUUCGGUUCACUGCCACAUUUUGUCAAAUUUUGCCAAAUACUAUGUCGCAGUUGUUUGGUUCUUGCUUUUGCUGACCAUCUCAGGUUGAAGAAAGAGGUGUUUUCGUUUCUCCGAAGAAUGUCUCACGGUUGAAACUUAUUUGGGGCAAUUAUCAGGUUGUCUAGACAUAUCAUUUUCGGGAGGAACUAUGGAUCAGUCGACUGUUC